CAGACUUGUAUAGAUGCACUGCUGCUGCCUGAGAGUAUAGAUCCCAUAGGAUCCAGCCUGGGGCCCUGCAGUUACCUGGGAGGCACAGUGUGUGUAUUAGUGCAGUAGUCUGAUCAUAUAGACUCCUCAUAAGGUGCAGCUGCUCCCCUGGGCUGGACUGGUAGGUUGCCUGUAGGUGCCCCUCUAUUUCACUCUCUUCGUCUCCUCAGUUUUGGAGUCAGUGAGUCCCCUAUGCCGCCAGGAUCUCCCCCAUUGGAUUUCUCAGGGAUGCCCGUCAUGCACAGACCAGCUCUGGACUUGGAGAAGCUGGCGCUGGAGCGGGUGGUGCCUCACUUGCUCUCCUCUGGAUUCUGCUAUUUGGAUAACUUCCUAGGGGAGGAGAUCGGUAACCGCGUGCUGGAGAAGGUCAGGCGCAUGCACCAGGACGGGGCGUUGAAGGACGGGCAGUUGGCUGGGCACCUGCAAGGAGUCUCCAAGAAACACCUGAGAGGAGACAAGAUUUCUUGGGUCGCCGGUACAGAAGAAGGAUGUGAGGCCAUCGGACUGGUUUUGUCAGUCAUUGACCGGCUGGUGGUGCUCUGUGGCAACCGACUUGGCCAAUACUAUGUGAAAGAAAGGUCCAAGGCCAUGGUAGCAUGUUAUCCUGGUAAUGGCGCUGGAUAUGUGCGGCAUGUGGACAACCCAACUGGAGAUGGUCGUUGUAUCACCUGCAUUUAUUACCUGAACAAAGACUGGGAUGCAAAGGUUCAUGGUGGGAUCCUGCGAAUAUUCCCUGAAGGCAGUUCCCAUGUGGCGGAUAUCGAACCUAUCUUUGACCGGCUGCUUUUCUUUUGGUCUGAUAGGCGUAACCCUCAUGAGGUGCAGCCAUCUUAUUCAACCAGAUAUGCUCUAACGGUCUGGUAUUUUGAUGCCAAAGAGAGAGCAGCAGCCAAACAGAAAUUCAAGAGACUGAGUGAGUCCAGAGAAGAGCCUCCCACUAAAGAAAGCUGAUGGAGGGGUGCUCAUUCACCCCCCUGGUGAGAUCUCAAUGGGAUGUGCUCCUUCCUUCACCCUAAAUCUGAUGGACGAGUGUUUGAAGCACUGGAUUUGGUUGGUCCAUGUUGUGUGUGUGCGUUGGUGACUUUCACACAGACAUGAAACGCUGAGGCUUCUUCCUCCCUCAAUCAACUUGAUCUUCUUAAGAAUGUUUCCUGCUAUUCCUUUUCCAUGGACGUCCAAUAUGUCUGCUACGCUGUAAACGCUUCCUCUCCCUUCCUUGAAACAAGACUUGGGAUUGGAGGUGAUCUCUUCACCGUAACACAGUAAUUGUACUGCCUGUUAGAGGAAUCCAUCCCCGGUGCAGUGAGUGAUAUCACAAUGGGCAAGAUCCAGGCUAGUAGGAAGAACUGCAGUGUUGAAAUGUGAGCACCUGCACAAAAAGGAGGAAAUAGAUGAGUGACUUUGAGCUCCAUCUCCAAUACAAGGAGGUGCUCAGUAAGACGAUUAAUGCUUUAUCCCUCCCUAUAAUGCAGAUUUCUAGAGUGUUGCUAAGUGUUCUCCUCCCAGGAACCGGUGUGAUUGGAGGGAACUGUCCUCAAAGGACAACGGGUACAGCUUGUAGGACAAUCGCCCCACUCCUCCCGAGGAACGAUACAGCUCAAAUCCAGACAGAUCUGUGUCAUUCAUAUAGAGACUCGUUUUGUUCUGGCUGUGCCCUCUUCUUCUGGUACAGCGAUUUUUGUUUUCUGUUGCAGUUGAAUGUUUCUUUAUUGAUCCUGUGACAAAGGCAAACUUACAGCAUCUUUAAUGCACAAACAGAUGUGAUGUAAAAGUUGUUCUGCGCAUGUUCUACUUUCAUGCUGGGAAAUAAUAAAAAAAGGGAUAAACAAAAAA